AUGGCGACGAAGAGAGACAGGGAGGAAGCGAUUCAGAGAUCAGCAAUUGAAGCAGCCAAAAAGCUUCUCCAAAGUGCAGUAACUGAUAACUUUGACUUGAAAACAACUUGUGUUUGUUCUGCAAACCCAAUUCGCAUAGCAGGCCUUGGCUGUUCCACCGGAACAAACACCUUCAUUGCAACACAAAACAUAAUAGAAGCAGUACAACUCAAAUACCAAUCUCAAUCUCAAAAUCAAAGCACCCCAGAGUUCUUUGUUUUCUUCAAUGAUCAAGCGUCCAAUGAUUUCAACACUCUCUUUCAGAAACUUCCUCCCAAUCGAAACUACUUUGUAGCUGGAGUUCCUGGCUCUUUCUAUGGACGUUUAUUUCCAAGUCAAAGCCUGCAUUUAGUGCACUCAUCUUCAUCAUUGUCCUGGAUAUCUAAGAUGCCAAAAGAGCUUACCGAUAGAAACUGUGGUGCUUGGAAAAAGGGAAGGAUUUUCCAUACUAAUGCUCCAGAAGAAGUUGAAGAUGCUUAUAAGUGA